CGUGACGUAACUUCCGUUGUGCUGCUGCCUCCAUUUUGGACGCUCGUCUCUUGUCUAUAAUUUCGAAUAGAUCGUCUUUAUGGGCAUGGUGUUACUGGUUGGAUAAUAAUGCGCGUCUAUUAAAAUGGAUACGUGGUCCGAUCUUUGCCGCUGUUGUUUGUCUGCCAAUUCUGAAGUGUCACUCCUAGAUACUGAACAGAAUGUAACUGAGAAAUUCCUUGAAGUUACUACGAUUGAGGUGAAAGAAGAUGAUGGUUUGCCACAGAAGCUGUGCUCGGACUGUUACUCAAUCAUGAACUCUGCAUACCAAUUUCGCAAACAGUGCAUCAAAAUGGACAAUGAACUACGUCUACAGCUGAAUGCUGUACUAGACAUAUCUAAAAGUGACAAUCUCUCUAAGUAUGACCAUAGUGGUGAUGAUGAAGACAUUGGAAAUGAUCCUGUUAAACAGCUUGAAGCUAUUAUCAAACAAGAACCUACUGAUAGUGACGAUGACUGCUAUUAUGUUUUAGUGAUAGAUGACCCCAAGGAUAAAACAAAAGUCCAACCUACUGUAGUACCCAUCAAAGAAGAACAAUUUGAUGAUCCUGCAACUGAAGAUACUACUACAUACAUACAUGAACAAACUCAAAGUACACAGAGUCAGUUUGAAGAUUCGAUUGAGUCAUUUCUUAUGUCUAACACUAAAGUUCCUGCCAAUGUACCCGCUACUAUCCUAGAAAAUGAGGAGGAAAGCCAAGAGAAUGAUGACUUGGAUGGAGCUAUGAAUAUUGACGAAACUGAGGACACAAUGACUCACGAACAGAGCUUAGCACAAAUAGAACAGGCACAAGAGAAUGAAAUAAUAGAAACUAUUUCUACAGACGUCAUCAAAGAUAUUCCAAAUUCGAAAAACUUCAUCAAAAUAUUGACCACCACAGAGUCCGAUGGCACUAUACUCUUGAAAAGUAACGAUUUUACACAAUUAGUCACAAAUGAAGAAGAAGAUGGAGAUGGUUUGUCCCAAGAGGUAAUAUUCUGUGAAGGUGAUGACACCUCGCAAUUCCAAAUACUGAAGUAUGAUGGCUCAGAGCUGGUUAUAGAGUAUGCCGAUGAUGGUCAAAUAGCAACUGUCCUACAACAAGAGGAUGGGACAUUCUUGUGUGAUUGUGGAGAGCAAUUUGAGGACCUGGCUGAUUAUGAGAAGCAUCAAUACAAGCACAACCCUGCUGGUGAACAUCUGUGCAGCUUAUGCGGUAAAGGGUUUGAGUCUGCAGAGAUACUGACGGGACACAUGCUUCUUCACAGUAGUACAGGACUCCUCAUCACUUGUCCGUUCUGCAACCAACUUAUCAGACGCAAUUCUUUGACGCAACAUAUCAAAUAUGGUCACAACAACUUUAAACCUCGCUGCAAUGUCUGUUUAAAAACAUUUGCUAAUCCAAACAACUUGAAGCGUCACAUGAUGAUACACAGUGGCAUCAGAGAGUUUGAGUGUGACAUAUGCUUCAAGAGAUUCCACCAGAAAAUUACUAUGCAAACUCAUAGACUAACACAUAUGAAUCCGUUCUCUUGCAACCAGUGUGACAAAACAUUUGAGACUAAGACUGCUUUGUCCGAUCAUAAAGAGUCCGAAGACUGUACGAGAUCAAAAGUAAUAAAGGUUAAAGAGGAAUUAAUGAAAACUGUGAAACAGGAAAUAACUACAAAUUUAGGGAAACUGCUUGGUUACGCUUGCUCGUUAUGUAAGAAGAUGUUUUCUGUGGAGUCUGCUUUAGAGCAGCAUAUUGAGAGUACACACAUAGUCGAUCCAACAGAACUAUUAUGUUCCGAAUGUGGUGAAGUGCUACCAUCUAAGAAGGACAUGCAAACACACAUACUGACACACAAGAACUUGAAAGUAAAAAAUGCAAAGAGGUUUGAAUGCAAUAUUUGUGGUAAGGGGUGUUCCAGCCAGGCUAUGUUGCUGAUGCAUGAACGGGUGCAUACCAAUGAGCGACCGUUCCCAUGUCAGCUUUGCUCUUUACGUUUCAAGACGAAGACACAUUUACGGACACAUCAGCUGACUCAUACAAGGGAAAAGAAGUUUGGAUGUUCAGUUUGUAUGAAGUUCUUUGCUCUAAAAGGUAACUUGGUGGUUCAUUUACGUACACACACGGGUGAAAGACCAUAUGUCUGCUCCAUUUGUGGUGAAGCUUUCAUAGACUCGAAAUAUUUGAAAAAGCAUAAACUAAAGAAGCAUGCUAUAGACAAUUUGCCCUGGAAUCAGUACUAGGAACUGUGAUUCUAGUGUAAAUUAUUCUAUUAGUUGUAUUGUUUAGUUUUUGUUUUUCUGACUGGUACUUUUCUCUUGCUGUCUCAACUGAAUUCAUCUAGUUUUGUUUUACAUAUGUAAUAACUACCAAGAUUAGCCUAAAACUGAUUUAUUUUCUGUUAAGUAAAUAAUCACCUUUUUGAGUCAAUUUCAAGUAACGUUUUUAAAUGACAAGUGUUUACAAAAAUAAGACAAAACUAAAUGAAAGACUAUCUUACAGAUCCAUUUUCAUUUCAGCAACUCUGAUAUUCGCGACAGAAUUAAUUAUUUUAAAAUGUUUCUCGUAAUUAUAUGAAAAAAAAAACGGAUACUGACUAGCUGCCGCCCGCGGUUUCACCGUACAUUGUUAAAAAGUAGCUUACAUUUUAUUUUGAUCUUUAAGUUAUCACUUUGCUGUCUCAAGUUUUAUUAAAAUGCAUUCGGUAGUUUUUGCGUGAAAGAGUACAUAACAAGCAUGCAAAAAUACAUACAUCCUAACUAACCUUGCGUAUUUAGGAUAUCUAUAAUCCCAGUAUUUGAUUUUGUCGCUAACUUCUGACUUGUUUGUCUUUGUUUUUGUUAUAUUUUACUCUUCCUUUUUGUCGUAAUAUAAUAUCAAACAUACACAAGCUACACCCAGAAUGUGCCAAAUUCAGUGUUCAUACGUUAUUAUACUAAGAUAUAACACACACAAGUAUGUAGGUGUCCUUCAUUGUCAAAAUUAAUCAUCACUCAGCAGAUACCCAGUCUUGCUUUUAUUUGGAUCACAAAAUUUGUAUAACAAUAAGCACUAAGAGGCAAAUUAUACAGAUAGGGAAAAGCAAAUUAGGCAAAUUAUAGAUCCCACAACACAGGGAAUCCUAGUAUGGGAUCUAGGGCCUCAACCAUUGUAAAAAAAAAUUGAUAAUAAAUAUUUUUUCAAUUUUUUCAUACAUACAUUCGUACAAAUUGUGUUAUGUUUAUGAAGUAAUAAUUCAGUUUUCAGGCAAUUUGGACAUGUUUUUUUUUAGUUCUUAUAAGUGUGUAGUAAAUGGAUUACCAUUCUUUAUCGUACUGAUUUUAAAAGCAUCCAGCUUUUGUACACUUAUUCAUAAAAAGAAAGAAUUUGUAAUUUUAAUUUGUCACAAUUCAAUGUAAAUUAUUAUACAUGUGUUCAAUUAGCAUUAUAGUUCAACAUGUAAGCUUAAAAACCUUUAGAAAGCAUGAUAUGGUCAACUAUGUACAAUAUAUUGUAUAUCUUACCUUGUACAGUAUAGCUAGGAAAAUUGAUAAUUUUCAAUGAGUUAUAACUCUUAUUAGAAAAAAAAAUAUUCAAGGUUUACAAAACGCCAAAGUUGUUUAGUUUUGAAUUGGUGAAAAAAAGUAUAUUAGCUACCUUUAUCACAAAAUACUGUCAAUGUUAUCACUAGUUUUACCCAAUAUGCUAUUUACUGCAGAUUUCAAUAACCGAUCCGUUGUCUUUCAAUUUGAUUGAAUUUGACAUAAUUUCUAUGAAGCGAAUGUCACAUUCUUAUAUGAGCUCUGAGUAAAAAUAUUACUUUAUUUCAUCCAAAAUUCAGGUCAUUCAAUUCUAAUGUAAAACAUUAGAUUCCAUAACACAUUUGUACAUAAAGAUUCAUGAAAUGAUUUCGACAAGAAAACUUAUAAUAAGCUACUUUAAUUUAUCAGAUGAAACUAAGUGUAAUUAUUUAAUGUGUAAAUAGUUUUGUGUUGUAUGUAAGAUGUUAUAGUAUUGUAACUGUUGGCGGUUACAUGUUGAAAGGUGUUACCAAAACAGCUUCCAUUAGGUAGCAACAACAUUAAAACUAUGAUUAUUAUUAUUUUUUUUCAAUAUUGUGAUGUCACUCACAGGCUUUUGUCAAUAAAUUAAUUAUUAUAACUAGUAACUUGCCAGUAAGUCUAACACCAGUCUAACCAAGUCUAACCUAAGGGGUAUUGGGUUGCCCGGGUAACUGGGUUGAGUGGGGUCAGAUAGGGCAGUCGCUCCUUCUAAAGCACUGGUACUCAGCUACAUCCGGUUAGACUGGAAGCCAACCCCAACAUAGUUGGGAAAAAACGCUCGGAGGAUGAUGAACCAGUAACUUGCCUGUCCCAUAAGUCAUAUGUGAUACACACUGAUUAUUUAACUUUUGUGUCUGCAUUGUGGAGAGUGAAGUGGUGAAUAAAAAAUAAAAUAAAAUAUGGAUCUAAUGAACUGAAGAUCAGCCUAUUUUUAGAGAAGGCUUAUCUUUAAAACGGCAUUAAACAUCUCUAUACAAGCAAGGAGUAUGAAGUUUUGCAAUAUUUUUUUUUUACUUUUUCAGAUGGAAUAAUCUUUUAAGUCUCCCGAAAAUAGGCUAUUGGGGAAUUUCAAUGCAUGCUUUUUUACAGACAACGGAAAUAUAAUACUAGACCGUUUUUUUUUUUGCUGUUUUGGUAACUCUAUCUAUAGCAAUAACACUAAGAACUUAGUGCCUUUUGCAGUCAAACUGAUUUUAGUAUAAGUAGUGUCGUGUAUAAAUGUUAUAUAUAUUUUUGUUUGACUAUGUAAAUAAUUGAUAAUUUCGAUGGGUAAAUGCUCAUUAAAAAAAAACCUUAAUAACGUAACCGCCGAUCCUUACAAGUUUAUAGCAUCGUAACUUGAACAGUUUUGUUUUUUUUUUGUACAAAGUGAUCCAAUGUGCCACUGAAGGCGGCUAAUUCGGUGGUAUGAAUGCUCCUGACGCAUUUUGUUGUAAUCCAAGGAAUAUUGUCAAAGAAUAUAAAAAAAUAUCGAUUC